ACACACCCAUACACAAGCAGCACACACACACUACAUCUCACAUCACUCUACAGCCAGCAGUAGAAGGAGACAUUAGUGUGUGAAGCAGUAGAGACAAGAUGUCUGGUCAGACUUUUGAAGAAAGCAUUAAGUCCAACGUAGAGCAGGGCAUGAAUAUGAAGGAUGAGGAGAAGCUUUACAAGAGAAAUGGGAUCCUCUACUCCACAAUCAUGAGCCCACCGGAGAACCUGGAUGCCUUGAAGGACCUGCAGGCACGGGAGGAUGAUGUCAUGCUGGCUGCGUAUCCCAAAUGUGGUUGUAACUGGAUGGUGGGAGUGUUAAGGAAAAUUAUGAUUGCAUGUGGAUACACCAUCCCUGAAUGGCCCCCGCUGAUCGAGUUCCACUCUCCAGACAUACAAAAGAUUGUAGCCGAGUUGCCCCCGAGGCGGUUGCUUGCGACACAUUUGCACCCUGAUGACAUUCCUGUUUCUUUUAAGACCAAUAAAACAAAGAUGUUGGUGGUGUUUCGAAACCCCAAAGACACUCUCGUCUCUUAUUAUCAUUUCAUGAACAAAAACCCAGUGCUGCCCAAUGCCGAGUCCUGGGACAAAUUCUUCUCCGACUUCAUGUCUGGUGAAGUGGGCUGGGGUUCAUAUUUUGACCACGCCCUGGCCUGGGAGAAACACAUGGAUGAUCCAAACGUGUUGAUCAUGACCUAUGAGGAGCUAAAGGAGAACCUGCUUGAUGGUGUAAAGAAAGUCACAGACUUCUUCAGCUUCCCCCUGACGGAUGAACAGGUCAAGGUGAUCGCAGAAGAGAGCACAUUCAGUGUCAUGCAGAAGAAUCCUUCUUAUGGAAAAAUGGCCCCAGUUAUUUUCCGGAAAGGUGAGGUGGGAGACUGGAAGAACCACUUCAGCGAGGCUCAGAGUAAGCAGAUGGAUGAAAUGUUCAAGAAGAAACUAUCAGGAACCAGACUGGGAGCCAAGCUUAAAUACGAGCAGUACUGUCAAUAGUCUGAAAAUAUGCAUGUAUAUGAUUAAUUUAUGGAAAACAUGGAAUAUGAGCAAAUAUUAUGGAACAGAACCUGAUGAUGGAUGAUACCUGUAACAUUAUGAGCUAACACUCAUGUUACAUGGCCUAGAAAAUAAAUAAAGUUAAAUGCGAAGACAAACACAGUGCUGUGGUGUUAAUCACUAUGGCCUUGCACCACUAUGGUCGAGGGUUUGAGUCCUGCAUCAGGUUUGUGUGUGUUUCCAGCGCUUGGUAGGUUUCCUUUGGGUACUCUAGUUUCCUUUCACAGUCCAAAGACAUUCAGGUUAACCUAACAGGCAUUUCCAAAUUGAGAGUGUGUGUGUGUGUGUGCUUGUGCCCUGCACCCAUCCGGGGAAUACCACACCUAGUGCCCUGAGUCCCCUGGGAUAGGCUCCAGGCCUGUUGUAUAGAGAAUGAGUAAGUGAUAAAUAUAGAACUCAGGUGAUGCAAGACAGAUGUUUAUAGCUAUAUGUAACAAGAGACAUAAAAAAAAAAAUUAUGGGGAAUUCGCACACAUUUCGGAUGUGAUCAUACACUUUAAGUUAAAAAACUACCCAACCAUAACCCAGCUGCUUGGUCAUUAUUGGACAGAACACGGGCUGGGUUUAACUAUUUAACCCAGAAUUCUUAACAUUUUAUUUGACCCAAACAUUGGGUUAAAUUCACACCCUUGCUGGGUUGACACAUUCCUUCGAUUAUUAUUAUUAUUAUUUUUUUAAAGACUCAAAAUGUACACUUACUCACUUAUCUUCUAUACCGCUUUAUCCUGUAUUUAGGGUCACGUGGAACUGGAGCCUAUCCAAGGCUUAGGGCACGAGGUAGGGUACACCCUGAACAGGGUGCCAAUUCAUCGCAGGGCACACACAUACACACACUCAUUUACACACUACGGGCAAUUUGGGAGCGCCAAUUAGCCUAACCUGCAUAUCUUUGGACUGUGGGAGGAAACCCACCAAGCACGGAGAAACCAUGCAAACUCCAUGCACACAGAGAUGGGAAUCGAGCCUGGACCCCGAAGGUGCAAGGCGACAGUGCUAACCACUACACUACCGUGCUGCCCCCAAAAUGUACACAACUUUACAUAAUGUAAAUAGACUGUUACAAAAUAAAAAAAUGUGAAUAACUCAAUUUUUACAAAACCAUAUAAUUCCAAGUUGCCAUUUGUUAUAUAUAAAAUAAAUGUAACAAACACUCUGUAAAACAAUAAAAACAAAAGACCUCAAA